AUGAGAAAAGUAGGUCCUAACCAAAAAUAUUACUAAAACUAUUCUCAAGAUGAUUAAACUUAUGAUAUAGAAUAUAAGAAAUCAGCUUAGACUUAAAAAUAAAUCAAUCAAAAUAAAUUAUAAGAAUUUUAUAUUGAAAUUACACCUACAACUGUCUAACAAGCAACUGAUCAAUUAAGUUUAUCCAUUCUCAAAGCCAUUGAUGAAGAGAAAGAUCUCAUUUAUGUACGUUUUGCUGACAUUGGUGGACAUUGCAUAGACCUAAAAAGUAUGAGAUUAAUAAAUACUCUUAAUGGAAAAUCAAGACAAAUUUAUUAUGAAGUGCCUUUAGGUAAAAAAUUGCUCAAAUAACACAAUAAAAUUUAAAUAUCACUAUAAUAAUCCACUCCUAAAUUAACUUAUACAUAAUACCAUUGGUUUGAAAAGAAUAAUGGUAAAUUUAGACCUUUACAUUUAUCAAUCAGUGAUAAAAUUGAAAAUUUCUAUUAAAAUGCAUGUUAGACUGGUUUAUCAAUAUAUGAAUUCACUUUGCAAUAAAAUAGAUUUAUAUUAGAUCUAAAAGAAGGAACUCUUGAGAAUACAAACACAUUGAAAAUCAAUCAUAUUUAAAGAAGGAAUAUUGAAAAACCAUAUCAAGAAAUACCUAAAAAACCAAUUAGUAGAGGAGCUUUAAAAGAAAUAGUAUGGUAAUAUUAAUUAUAACCAAAAUCUUAUGAAUGGAAUAAUUAUGAUAAAGAAAAUACAGAUGCACUAGAAAAAGCAUACUAAAAAUACUGCAAAAACUCACAAAAAUCAAACACUCUAAAUGUAAUGAGAAAUACUUCAAAAUAUUAUAUUGAUUUUGAUAAAAUGAUUGAAUACAAUUUAUUCAACAAAGAAUCACGUUAAAUUCGUAGAUUUCUAUAAGAAGGUUGA